CUACGUGCUAUACGUCAUUGAAUCAUGGUGUUCUCGCGGUUGGCUAUGACUUGGAAGCAAUUGAGCCUUACUAUCUUGUAAAAAACUCCUGGGGAGCUACAUGGGGAGACAAAGGUUACAUCAAGAUGGCCAUUGACGAUUCACCCAAGGGCAUCUGCGGCAUUUUGCUCGCUGCGAGUUAUCCCAUUGCAGCUUGA